CAGAAAAAAGCUCACAAGACACGAGGUCCUGGCAAACCGACACGCAGCUUUUACGUCAAUUCCGCGCGACGUCCAAGUUUGUGCCACGUGGGAGGCAAUUCCUUUAACGAUGAGGUAAACAACCACAUCGCGAGCCUUCUCUACCUCACAAACUGCCCGGUUUGCCUACUUUUUUUUGUAUAAGGUCAAAGUUCAGUAUAAGAGACGGAUUGCGUUUGAUCGGUGCUGUCCUCGGAUCAUGCCCCACGAUCCUGAUCCUCCUCCGGCGAAGAAGUUUAAGCCGGGGUCUCCUUUCUUCCGUCUCGAUAAGAAGCCUGUAAUGCUACUACCCAGGAAGGGAAUCACUCAGCUACCGAUAGACGUCCAGAGGAAACAGCUUCCAAUUUACCAGGCAAAAUCUCAGCUCAUCAAUCAGUUAAGACAGCUGCAUAAUGCCGUGUUAAUAGGAGAGACGGGCUCUGGUAAAACAACGCAAAUACCUCAGUAUCUCUAUGAAGCUGGAAUUGGUCGCCAGGGCAUCAUUGCGGUCACACAGCCCCGCCGUGUGGCCGCGAUAUCACUGGCGGGCAGAGUUGCUGAGGAAAAGAAAAGUCAACUGGGAAAACUGGUGGGCUACACAGUGCGAUUUGAGGAUAUGACCUCCUCAGAGACCAAGUUGAAGUUCAUGACUGACGGCAUGUUACUGAGAGAGGCGAUAGUAGACCCUCUGCUGCUCCGCUACACCGUCGUGAUCCUGGACGAGGCUCAUGAGCGAACUAUUCACACGGAUGUCCUUUUUGGCGUGGUGAAAAGUGCUCAGCGCAAACGCAAAGAGCAGAAUAAGAUUCCUCUGAAGGUCCUUGUGAUGUCUGCCACCAUGGAUGUGGACUUGUUCUCUCAGUAUUUCAAUAAGUCCCCUGUGCUGUACCUGGAAGGUCGACAGUACCCUAUUCAGAUCUACUAUACCAAGCAGUCCCAGUCUGACUACCUGCAGGCAGCACUGGUUUCCAUAUUUCAAAUCCACCAGGAAGCCCCUCCUUCCCAUGACAUCCUGGUGUUCAUGACUGGUCAGGAGGAGAUUGAAGCGCUGGCUCGUACUUGCCGGGACAUUGCCAAGCAUCUCCCCGACACCUGUGGGCCAAUGACAGUCAUCCCCCUGUAUGCCUCCCUCCCACCUGCCCAGCAGCUCAGGGUCUUUCAGCCUGCACCCAAGGGAUGUAGGAAAGUCAUCCUCUCAACAAACAUUGCAGAGACAUCCAUAACCAUCUCUGGUAUCAAGUAUGUCAUUGACACUGGAAUGGUUAAAGCCAAGCGCUUUAACCCAGACAGCGGUCUGGAGGUGCUGUCCGUGCAGAGGGUGUCCAAGGCACAGGCCUGGCAGAGAGCUGGCCGAGCCGGGAGAGAGGACUCGGGCUCGUGCUACCGCCUCUACACAGAGGAGGAAUUUGACAACCUCGCCUCCAUGACUGUGCCUGAAAUACAACGGUGUAACCUGGCUGGUGUGCUGCUGCAGCUGCUGGCUCUGGGCGUUCCUGACGUGUUAAACUUUGACUUCAUGUCCAGGCCUUCUCCUGAGUCGAUGAGAACAGCAGUAGAGCAGCUGGACCUCCUUGGUGCUGUGGAGAGAAGGGGAGAUCAGAUCUCUCUCACUCCUCUGGGCAAGAAGAUGGCCUGCUUCCCCCUGGAACCCCGCUUCGCAAAAACUAUCCUCGUCUCUCCGGAGUUCUCGUGUGCGGAGGAGGUUCUCACCAUUGUCUCGCUGCUCUCCGUGGACUCCGUUCUCUACAACCCACCCGCCCGCCGAGAUGAGGUAGUUGCCGUGCGGAGGAAGUUUGUCUCCAGCGAGGGAGACCACAUAACCCUUCUCAACAUCUACAGGGCCUUCAAGAAAGUCAGCGGGAACAAGGAGUGGUGUAGGGAGAACUUCGUGAACAGCAGAAACAUGGGCCUGGUGGCCGAGGUCCGCGCCCAGCUGAGGGACAUUUGCAUUAAGCUGGGUCUGAAGCUGGAAUCCUCACACUUGGAGCUAGCCAAGGUGCGCCGCUGCCUGGCUCACGGCAUGUUUACCAACGCUGCCGAGCUGCAGCCUGACGGCACCUACGUGGCCCUGGACACCCACCAUCCCGUGGCCAUCCACCCAUCCUCCGUCCUCUUUCAGGCCAAGCCGGCCUACGUCAUCUUCAAUGAGCUCCUUCACACCUCCCGGUGCUACAUGAGGGACCUGUGCUUGGUGGACCCUGACUGGCUGCAGGAAGCCGCACCGGAGUACUUCCGCCGUAAACUCCACACCACCAAGAGCUAGUGGGGGGGCCCACUAUAGGACUGCAAUGCUACUGCUUGGUCAAACUUCGGAAAAAAAGGAUAUGUUGAUAUGGAACUCAAAACAGCUGAUGUCAUGAUAAUAGAGGAUGGUUAUUCUCACCACAGGAAACCUUGUUCUUGCUUCAGAAGCUUUUGGACUGUAAAGCCCAAAUGCUGGAAUGACCGAAAAGGAUAUUUGUUAAAAGAGGGGUAAAUAGACAAUUGGUUGAUUGGGGGUUUAGAAAUGAACAGAAGCAUUUUGCUCUCCUUUGUACCAAGGACUCAUUUGGCAUGACCACAAAAGGCUGUGACUGUUUUGUGUAGUUAAGUGGUCUGUGCUUUCAUAGCAGAAGCUGUUUUUGAAAUGUAUAACUCUUUCUACCUGAAAAACAUGAACGAUCCCUAAAGUUACUCUACAGACCCUAGUGUAGGUUUAGUUGGAUGCACAUUAGGUAAGCUUGGUUUGUCAGCGUUCGCAUGUUUCUUUCAACCGCAAUUCAGCCUCGGUUCAUAGAAGCCAUUUCUGGAUCAGAUUUGCCUUUGAGCCAAUACCAUAAAGCCAGUGUUGAGCCUUGUCCUAGAUUAGUUCUCAAUAGCCAGAUUACAGACAUAUACAGGCAAUACAGUUAUUGUCCAUUCUGUUUUUAUAAAGAAGACAUUUAAAUGUUGCCCAUCACACCUAUUCAAGGCCAAUGGCUGUUUCUAGCUGAAUAGAUAGAAAAACUUCCUUAAUAAUCACUAGCAUUUUGUGGUCCUUUAAACAACCAACAUGAACCCUGGCUCAGUUUAACAUGGUUUUUAUUGUGGGAUGAAGAAUGGUAAAUGGUUUCUUUGCUUAAAUUCUUAUUACAUGUUGUUGGGGAGAAGGUAUAUAUUCAUUUUUGACUGGAAAAAAAAUUGUAACAGCUGUCUGACAACACAGUAUUAGGUCUGUAUUCCAGCCUCAGGCUGUGGUUAUAAUUUGGGCUUAGAAGAUAAUGUCAGUUUUAGAAACGCAGUUGGCUUUGCUCUUAGACUUUUAUAUGGCAAAUGAGUGUUGAGGCCCAGCAUGGCUGGCUGUGUUAACUAUGCAUGCCUUUCUGUAAUAUUUGUAUACUACUCAAAUCUAGACACCAUAGACCUAUAUGGCAACACAGCCUACCUUCCACAGAUUGUGGACUGUCAUUGCACAAACCAGUGUACUUCUAUACUAUGCAUGAUGUAUGAUGAACAUAAUACAAUGACUCAGGUUUCUACAGUACAGUGAAUGUAUCUCAAAAAAACACUUAGCAUCAUUCUAGGGACAUUUCAAAAUUUGUUGUGUUUAAAAAGAGCACGACCAAGGCGUGUUCUUAAGAUUUACUGUGUAAACUACUUGCAUCCGAAAUACGAUCACUUUACGGACAUGCUUGAAUUUUAAGAGAUGGGUUUUUAUUAUUUAUAUUACUUAAAUUUCUAUUUUGAGUCAUAUUUGACUCUAUUAUGAUGGGUUUCCCUUUCUUAGAAGCUCGUACUAAAAUAGGCUACCACCAAGCAACCUGUAUUCAGGCAAAACUAACCAACUGUAUUAUUAAAGCAACUUAUUUAGGCUUUUCUUACUAUGUUCCUGACUAAAGAGUUUCUUUUUCCACUUUUCUGUUAAAAUUCCCCUACUUCCCUUUUCAGUGAGGAACGCUGGUAAGAUUGCUUUUUUGAGAAGUGCAUGAGUGGUUUGCUGAGGGGAAAACUUUUAAAAUGUUGUGAAGCAGGCUGUGGUAACCUUUUUGUUUGUUUGUUUGUUUUUAAACUAAAACGGGAAAAAUCCUUACUUGGGUAGUGCCUGCUUACUUCUGCUCAAUCAUGCUUUGAGUUAUUUAUGGUCCUACGAAUUUGUCGAACAAAACGUUUCCAUACCGUUUAUAUGAAAAAUGUUGAUUGCAAUUUCUCAAGAAGUGAUUAACUGUUGCUUUGGAUUUUAAACCCGCAGAAGAGAGUGCCGUCAUAUGGCCUUGCACUCUGUAUAUAACCGUAUACAUAGCGUCAUUGCCCCUGUGACAACAAGCUUGCCACUUCUGCGGCCCCCUAACUGAGGAGUAAGUCAUCUCUGAACUAUUUACGUCACCUUGGCGACCAAACCGCACACCCAAAUAAAAGCGUUUUCUAGUCGGACGGAGGCGUUAGAAAUAGGCUGGCCAAUCAGAGCUCGGUUGCCAUGGUUGCAAGCCAACCGAGAUGAGCAUCAUGGUGGCAGAACAACUUUUGCUCGUGGCGGGAUACGAAAACUCAAGUGACGAGCAGGACACCGACUAUAAAGAUGCAUAUGUUAACGAAAAUAAACGGGGUACCGUAGCAGAAAACCCAGGAUCCACGGUGAGUACCUUCGUAAUGCGUAGCCACCGCUUUUAGUCGUUUUUUUACGCCCGGGAGGAACUACAAAUUAUUAGAUAGCGGGCUUCCAUAUCUCUUAAUGAAAAUUUGUUUAUAUUUUGUUUCUUUUUAGCUAGCUGAUGUUAGAUAAAAAUGGAGAAGUCUCCGCCACGCAUUUAUGAAAGAAGAGAAAAAGAAUAUAAAAGUUUAGAAUGCGUCGAACUUGACGUAAACAUUCCAAUAUGUUAAUAAAAACCAAACGUAGCUAGCUAACCUAACUUGGUUCAUGUUAAUAGCGCCCUCCUCCCCGUUCAAAUAGCACUGUCUCUGUGUGCAUAUCACCUUUACCGGUUUCUGUUGCUCAGUACUUACGUUUUCGAUUUGGAGUUGUUGCAUUUACAAAAUAGAUUGCCAAAGUUUACUGAGGCACGGAGGUGUUUGAAAAGGUAGAAAUUGUCGAUUUACUUCAGGUUCAUCUGGGGUCCAAGUUCUCAGACGCAGAGUUGGAAUAAGAGAGUCACAGUAGUUCAGUUAUUUCAACAAUGAAAACUGAUCUUAUUCAUCCAAGGUAAAUUACCAGUCAAGGUGGCUACUAACGUCUUUAGCGAUACAAAUCUUCGGAAGUCUCCAGCUGUAUAAGGUUGGCAUGGACCAACACUUCUUUUUCACUUAAUUCAACUCCAGGGACAAUUCAAGACAUCCACAAGUUGAAUCAAGUGCUGGAGCAUAUAAAUAUCGAAUCGCCAAGUCAUGUAGACCUAGAGGGCUAGAGUUUGACCCGGCAGUUAUUCAUGACUAUAAGAUGGGACCUCAAUGCCAGCAUGACAGUACAGCAAUUUACUUUAAUCACUGUAAUUUAAUGUUUUAUUCUUAAAGUGAAUUGGAAGGUUUAAAACACAAACACCAUUUACACUACACCUAAGAACACUUAUAAGAGCCAACAUACAAACAUUACAAGCUAUUCAUGUGCGCAGCUGCAAUCUGACACUAGCGGAUCUAAUUCCGCCGAAAUGCGGAAUAGGUGCGAUGAAUCUUGUACUGAAAGGGCCGCGCUGAGUGACACUGGCACUGUGCUCUCUUUAGGUCAGGGAAGGCAAACGAACACUGGGACCACGACGCGGUUCUCACGUCAUCUCCAGUCUCUGCUUUUUGGCUCUAUAGAUACAUGACAAAAAGCAAC